AAACUACACAGAUGGCUUUAAAUAAAGUAGGUUUGUUUUCCCGAAAUUAUAUGUUUCGAUUUUCACAACGAAUUUCAAUUAUGACAUUGAAAAGUAGUUCAUCGCAUUUACAAGAAAAACGGCUUUUUACUCCUGGACCACUUGGUGUUAGCCCUGAGACUAGAAACGCAAUGCUUCGAGACUUAGGUAGUAGGGACACAGAGUUUGUGGAUACUGUCAAAUUUAUACGACAAAAAGUACUUGAAGUAGCCAAAAUAUCUUCAGAAGAUUUUACGAUGGUUCCUUUACAAGGAAGUGGAACCUUUUCUGUUGAAGCUGUUAUUAUGACAAUUGUACCCAAGUUAAAUGGAAAGUUAUUGCUUGCUGUUGCUGGAGCUUACGGAAAAAGAAUGGCUGAAAUCGCUAAAUACUCAAACAUCAAUACUGUUGUGUUAGAGUUUGCGGAGGAUGAGAAAUGCGAUUUAAUUACAAUAGAAAAUGUGUUGAAACAUGACAAAAACAUUACAAAUGUUGCAAUGGUACAUUGCGAGACAACAUCUGGAGUUAUUCAUCCUAUUCAUGAGGUUGCACAGCUUGUUCGACAAUAUAACCCUCACGCGACUUUUUUUGUUGACGCAAUGAGUAGUUUUGGUGCAAUACCCAUUGACAUGAAAAACAUUGAUUUUGUUGUUACUUCUGCCAACAAAUGCAUUGAAGGUGUUCCAGGUUUUGGAAUUGUAGUAGCUCGUAAAGAAAGGUUACUGGAAUGCAAAGGUCGCUCAAGGUCACUUAGUUUAGAUUUGUAUGAACAGUAUAUUGGGCUAGAAAAAACUGGUCAGUUUCGCUUUACACCCCCCACACACUGUAUUUUAGCAUUUAAAAAAGCAGUUGAAAUAUGGGAAGCCGAAGGUGGUGUUGAAGGGCGUGCAAAAAGAUACAAAGAAAACAGAUUAGUUUUACGCGAGGGUAUGGCCAAACUAGGUUUCAAAGAAUUUCUUUCCGAUACCCACUCUGGAUAUAUAAUUACUUCUUACCGGUAUCCUCUUGAUACUCGAUUUAAUUUUAACGAGUUUUACAGCCGUCUUAAUGAUAAAGACUUAGUUAUUUACCCUGGAAAAGUUACGAAUGCUGACUGUUUUCGAAUUGGCAAUAUUGGCAACUUAACAGCUAACGAUAUGCGUGAUUUAUUAGCGGCAAUAAAACAAGUUUGUCAAGACAUGGGCAUCAAGUUGCCGAUUGAUUCAUAGUUAUUUUAAUGACUAAUAUUGGUGCGUCAACAAUGUUAAGUUACCAAUUGAAGUAUAAUUACGGUAAUUAAAAAGUGUAUUAGGAAUAUAGUUUUUUUUAUAGUACAAAUAUUUUAUUAUUUUUUAUUUA